GCUGUUCUUCACUGACCAACUGAAUAACCUGCAUCUUUGCCAUGGAAGCCCUCUCCGGUGUUGCUAGUGGUAUGGCUGUGGCCUCACUAUCGAUACAGCUCAUUGAAUCCAUUGGAAAGAUCAAGACAUUCAUACAUAACUUCAAGGAUGCACAGAAAGAGUUGGAACGUCUGGUGGACUUGCUAGAGCGCCUGGAGGCUUUGUUGGUAGAUGUUCGCGCCUUGAUGGAACGACAGGCCUCGUUGCAGGCACAGCACUUUCCGAAACCUUCAAUGACGAUACUUAAAUGCCUGGAGAGCUGCGAGAAGACGCUUGAGCCACUCCAUUCGGUCGUUGAGAGAUACACGCCUUCAAAAUACAAGGUUGGUACUAGUAUGGACAGGCUAAAGUCCGGACUUCGAGUCGCUUUCAAAGCGAAAGAUAUCGAAGGUUUCGAGACACGGAUCGAGCGGGAGAUCAACUUUCUUCAUGCUAGCCUUGGAGCCAAUUGUGGAGCUAUCUUAAUGCAACUUGGCCCUGCAUUACUCAGCACUCGACGGAUCGACGAAACCAUCCAUCAAAACACCCUGGUACCGGUAGUCUCGAGUGUUGAAACGAUGAACAUAUCCUCCAUGCAAGAUAAUGGCAUGAUAUCGCAUCUAGGAGCUACACGUGGCUCGCUAUCAAGAACAUUUGUACGCUCACCAUUCGAGAGAAUAGGUAUAUACCGAUGCAGAAUAGUACGGCGUAUACCAUGUGGCUCCGGAAAAACAACGCCAGGCCAUGGGCAGGAGAAUUCAAUGGUCAUUUCUGAAGAUGACGAGACGACUAUAGUCUGGAGAAUGCUCGGUUAUGGGCUUACAUGGAUCCAACACCGGUCUUUUGGCAAAUGCGUGCCUAGUCUCAGCACAUUCCCGGUAAUCUGCGAAUUCCCUGACAGCGUCUACACUGUGUUUGACACAGGCGAAAUACAAGACUUCCAGGACUUGCUUGAUCGCGGUGUUGUCCACCCAUUCUCACGUGAUUACGAUGGAGAAUCUCUGCUCCAUGUCGCUGCAUCUUACGGAAGGGCUGAUAUUUAUCUACUACUUCGAAAGCUCGGCCUGGAACAAACUCUCAGUAAUCACAAUAAGUCACCCUUGUUGAUCGCAUUCGACUGGUUCUAUUUCCCUGAUUCACCAAGCAUAAUUGACCUAUAUCGCUAUAUUCUCUAUGAUACAACGUUGGUAGAUGAUUUUAGCUCUUCUCACUGGUCAUAUGCAACAUCCUCGAUGAACGACGCUUGGUCUUGUGAAUGGUUCUUUUCACAAGCUACGCAAGUGCUUCCUCCCGAGGAUUCCCUUCGAGUACAUUUAAGAAUCAUUCAACUUGAAUGGCAGAGAAUGUCUGACCGAAUGCAAGGUUAUUUCAUACUACUUCAUACCAUGCCAUGCUCUUCAGAGUAUCCCCAUUUCGAUCUAGACGCGGAUCUACUGUAUCUCAUACAAACGGGACAAGGUAAUCUUUUAUAUUAUACAAUCUAUAGGUGCUUUAGAAGCUGUGAUUCUUUCACAUUAGGAGGCAUAUUGGUAGAGUGGCUAUUGAAUGCAGGCAUUGAUGUCGAAGAGUGGAUGAGCCACGAGAUGAAGCGUUGGAACAUACAACACAUGUUUACUAGGAUGGGUUUUGCCAAAAAGAUGGUAUUGGAAAUUUGCAAGGACGGUGGGUGGAGACUUGGUUUCGAGUAUGUAUUCGACAGCGAAGCAAGCGGCUAUCUAGUUGUCGCCGAGUACCAGGCCUUGUCGGUUGAACCGAUAAUAGAGACGGAUUGGCCAUUUUAUGAUUUGUGGUCCAAAUUCUACGAUUGGUCAAGGAGGGGUUCGCUAUGUGGACAAGAGGCUUCGGAUGAAUACGAGAAAUACCUGGAACCCAAGAGGAGAAAGCGCUUCGAACGCCGCACAGCAGCCAAACAACGCAAGGAACGCGCUCGAACUGGUCAGAAGAUUCCAAAGAGUAGGAUACCAGGGACAUGGGUAUGGUGAAGCAAUUCCAUCCAUUCAUUCAUCUGUAUCUAGUCUCAUCCAUCGAAAAUCCCCCGAAUAUUCAGACUCUCCGGCUUUUUCUUUUCCACUGCACACCCAGCUACCUAUACCUCU